AUGUUAGAACUGGUUUUUCCUUUAAUAAGUGGUGACACGUAUACCGUGACGGUGGGGACCGACGAACAUGUGAAUCUAGUCGACAGCAAGUUCCUAAGUUUCACAAUAGAUCCCAAAUAUUUGUUUUCUUCAAACGAAAAAUAUAACAGCAAAGAAUGUCUCUGCAUGGCGACCUCUCUCACGCCGGCGCACGUGCGCAUAGCUGGCCCCUCCACCCCCCACAUGGUGUUUCGGAACAGCUCCAUCACUAUCGAGGAGCGCCACUAUAGAACUGGUCUAGCAGUAUCGCACAGCAAGUGGGAGAAGUUUGUCCACUGGGCCCAGAAGACCGGCUUUCACCUGGUGUUUGCGCUGAACAACGCCGAGAAGAGCGCGACGGGUCUGUGGGACCCCAACUCUGCGCUCAAGGUCCUGACUGUGGCUGACCAGGCCAACAUUGGCCAAAUGUAUUGGCAACUUGGCUACGAAUGCAGAAACCAAACGAUCGAGGAGUACCUCAACGACUUGGAGACGUUGCGCGUCAUCACGGAGACAUUCCCGGCGGGGCGGGGGGGCGGCUGGCGGGUGGUGGGGGGUGACGUCACGCCCUGCCUCUCACACCACUCUAAGAGCGACUUCAAGGACUACGUCACUCUGUCCGAUGACAUGAUGGAUGCUAUAUUUCUCAAUGGCAACUCAUCUUCCCACGAAUUAGAGCAUAUGUCAGAAAAGGACCGCUACAAAUUGCUCAAGUUGCUCAGCACCAGCGACACCCCGCUCUGGCUGACUGAGCACAACGAGCUGAGCGAAGAGUUGGAGCGCGCGGCCGACUGGAUGACCAGCCUCGGGUACUCCGCGAGGAACGGCUUCUCUGUGCAUUACCGGGAACUGAAGGAGAAGGAACUGUACGAGCCUACUUUGAGUUUCUACAUGGCUCUGCUGUUCAAGAACUUAGUAGGCGAACGAGUUCUCAACGUCGAGAUAGAGGCAUCACAAGCGAUACUUUUCGCGCACUGUACAUCGCUGCGUCACAAGGCUGUGUCCGGAGCUGUGACCUUUUACGGAGCCAACAUGGAUGAGGAGCCAGCCAGAUUCUCCAUCAAAAUGUCCAAGAAGGAACAGGGUGGCGAUAUUUUGCAGUUUAUAUUGGGACACGAUAGAAAUGGAAACAUCGUUGUGAACGGACGAGCUAUGUACUAUGAAGGUGAUAUUCGUCCAGUGGUCAAGCGUGUUCGUCCAUAUAAAACGCUUCUUAUAAAUCUCCCGCCAAAAUCUUUUGGAUUUUGGGUACUAGCCAAUACACAAGUUAAAGCUUGCUUCGAUGUUGAUAUCAAGAAUAAAGAUAAAGUUCAUAAUAUUUCUGAAGAAAAUGAGGACGGAAAUUUAAUAAAAGAUAAGCGUUCUUUGAGCAGGAAAGCUAGGGAUAUUCAUGACUAUGAAGAAAAUAAUAACAAAAUUCUGAAAGAAGGGAUAGAUAAAAUUAAUAAAGAUUUAAAGGAAACUCUAGGAAGAGCUUAUGGUUCUAAUAAUAACAGGGAUAUUAAUCAUAAUAGACACAAACCCAAUCUACAGAGAAAUGCACUUAAACGUUAUGAACGUCAAGCCUUCGAUGAAGAAAAUGUAAAUAAAAAGAGACUAACGAAAUAUAAAUUACGACAUGCUUUUCAUGAUGGAUCUUUGAAAACCCGGUUAUUAAACAAGCUUUCAAAGAUUACAAAGGAUCACUUACCAAGAACAUUCUCCAAAACAAAAAGGUCAAGAGGAUCAAAGAGAAAUUAUAGAGUAAAUUCGAUAAGAAUUCCUAAAGAAGACGAAACUAUACCGUUCCCAAAAAAACAUCAUAAAGUAGUAAAGUCAGAGGGUAAAGAAACACAAUCUAAAAAAACUGAACUCAAACAUGCUAAUGAAGUGGAAGAUAAUUUAAUAAGAAAUCGUAGAAGUGCAAUUUCUAAAAAUAAAGUAAAAUAUGAAGAAGUAGAAUCAUCAGAAAAUGAAAUAGACGUGGAUGAUAGGAAAUUCGGUAAAAUUCUGCAUAAAUUGAAGAAAUUGAGCGAAUUACCUGUAGAAUUACAAGAAAAAGAAAAUAUUGAAUAUGAUGAACAAGAAUCAAGCGAAGGAAUAGUUUUAAAAACUAAAGUAACUGAUGACAGUGCUGUGAUAGAUAUAAGUGAGAAAUCUAAUUCUGGUCUUCUUAAAUCGACACUCCAAGAAGUAUUGUCUUUGUUGGCUGAAUUUAAUAAAAAUAUCAAUCGGUUUUGGGCAGCGAUGACAUUAUUAGAAUAAACACAUGCUACCUUUCUUUAUGAAUGAUGGGAUUAAACCAUUUUAAAGUUUAGUAUAAUUUACAAUAUUUUGCAGGAGCUAAGCUAUGAGAACUCUUUCAACACAUUAUAAUCUGUAAACUUAAAGUCGAAUAUCAUUUAGUGUUUGUUAUUCAGCUCGUUUAUCGCUUUUUAUUAUAAUAUUAUAUACAUUAUUUAAUUUAUUUAGAUUAACUGUUCUUUUGUGCUGUUUGAAGUAUGUAUUUGUUUCGAUAAAUAAUUACCUACGGGUGAACCUAAAGUCUGUCUCAGCAGUUAACCAAAAGAUAAAUUAUUGUUAUCUGUUUCUCAGUUAUUAACGAAAGAUGAUAUAUUAUGUAAUGUAUUUCUGGGUAUUAAAAUACGUGUGAUGACAUUGUGUUCUAAGAAUUGUCUUCUAGGUAGUAGUAGUAUUAGAGGAUAGUUAGUGUAGGAUAAUUUGAUGUAAGAUCAGUACAUCUAUAGUUGAUUGAGAUGGAUUUAGUGAUAUUUUGUAAAUAAAUUAAAGACUGUUUAUAAGAAAAUGUGUGGUAUUUUAGUUAUUUAUUCAAUAUGUUUUUUUUUUUAUUAUUGUAGUAGUUUGUUGUAGUUCUAUGUAUUAUGUGCUUAUAGUUGAUGGAGAUGCCUCAAUUAUAUCACUAAGUACUAUUCUAUAGCGAUGUUUUGUACAACUCGCAGGUGUGAGUUUCUCAUCUUAUAGUAUCGAAUUAGAUAGAGAGAGAUAGAGGUGAAAACGAAACUAGCACUAGCAAGUUAUAAAGACAUUGUUACAGAAUAGCCCUACAGAGAGCCAACCAUCAUUUAACAUAGAGCAAUACUUUGCAGAGAUAGAUAGAAUAGCUGAAUAAAUGAUAGCUUCACAUUUGACUUUGAUUGCACCAGCAAAUACAUAUGUGCAUAUAACCGAUGAAGGCUUGUAAUCUAGCUUGCAGUUGUGACAUUUGGUUUCCUUUUCAAAAACACAAUAUUUAAAAAAAAAGUUCAGGAAGUGCGCUUAGAACUCAUUACAGUGUCGUGACAUAUCUGAACAGAAUCGGUAUAAUACAUUUUGUUUGGCAACGUUUACACUCACGUGUUGUGACAUGUC